AUGACAGAUACGAAGAGUGAUCGUCCGUCAUCCCAACACAUCACCUUCUACGAGGGCAAGUAUUUCACAGGGCGGCAGCUGGAGGUGGGAGGGGACUGCGACAAUUUCCAGGACUGGGGCUUCAUGAACCGGGUCAAUUGGAUGGGUGUGGGGAGUGGUGCCUGGAUCUGCUUCGACCACCCGGACUCCCAGGGGCGGCAGUUCGUCCUGGAGUGCGGAGAGUGCCCCCACUUCUCCUGCUGGAACGGCCCCAACGACCACAUGGACUCCUGCUGGCCCGUGGAAAUGCACAGCGACCACUACUGCCUGGAGAUCUUUGAGGGCUGCAACUUCAUGGGCCAGAGCCUGGAGUUCACCGAGGACUGCCUCCUCCUCCAGGGCCGCGGCUGGACCAAGACCUGCAUCCAGGCCAUCUAAGUGUACGGGGACGGAGCAUGGGUGCUGUAUGAGGAAUCCAACUAUCGCAGGCAUAUGUACAUGGUGGAGAGAGGCCCCUACCCCAGCCUGAACCAGUGGCUAGCCCAUGAAGCCAGCAUCCAGGCCCUCCGCUGGGUGGUCAACUCCCUCUGA